AUGACUUCCACUUCUUACUCAACUAGUUUAAUCGGCUAUAGCGCACUCUGGCAAUUACUCAAAGGUUUAUUGGUCUCCGUGUGGACAUGUGUUGUGAUGUUGGCUGAACAAUCGUAUGAAGGUUGUGUGCUGGAUUUGAAUGGAUACUUUUUAAUGCAUGAGAAUAUACUUGAUUUACAUAAUUUAUAUGAGAGGGACAAUCAGAGUGUUGGCAUUCCUGCUGUUGCUUCUUCUAAGGGUGUUGCUGCCUUACCAAAACCAAUUCUCGUCAGAACCAAAUCCAUUUCCAUCUCUCCAAUAUCAAAGGUUGCUUCCUCUUCAAAACUUCAACCAAUCCUGAUGAAACAAGCUUCCAAUCUUCACUUGACCAUUCCAAUUAUUUCGGUACAACAAGAAGUAGAGCCAUCGAUUCCAAAACUCAAAAAGAGUCCUUCCAAGUCAAUUGUCCACACUACCAACACAAGAUUCCAUCAAAUUACUCCACCAAUUUCUCCUCUUGGCAACUUUACAUUCCCAGCUGUGAGCUCCAAUUCACAAACUCUGUUAGUUCCUCAAUUCGAGCUUUUGAAUACUCCACCUCCACAACAAUCUGCCACCAAUCAAGAUUUCAAAUCCACUUCUUUCCAUACUACUAGUAAGAAGAGACUUUCAUUUUCUGCCUUCUCAUACGAAUUUAAUUCAACAACAACAACAAGAGGUAGAGCUGCCACCAUUCAAACUAUUGUUCCAAAGCCAGUCAUUGAAAUCAAACGAAUCAAAUCCAACUCUCACAUGUAA